GAUACGCUAUGGAAUUUUCAUUGUCAAUGACAAAGUUCAUAUCCCUGAACGGUAUCCUAGUACCACGAAUGUUGUUAUGGUAAUCAAUGAAUCAGAGAUUACUAAUGAUAAUAUAAAAGAUUUCUUUAACCGAAUCAGAACGCGUAAUCAUAAUAUUUCUCAGGGUAAACAAACCCAAUUCUAUGGUAGUGGAGAAACUAUACUCAACAAGACUGACAGAGCAAUAAUAGCAGCACAUACAGAUACCGUUGAAACUAUUUUUAAAAAUUUAAGUAACAAAACCUGGGUGAAUGAAAAGGAAAGAUUAAAUAAGAUGGUGUUGGAUAUCAUCGGAGAGACAAGAAUAUGCACAGCAAUCACAGAGUUGGAUCGGAAAGGAUCAAGAUAUGAAAGUAAACUGUAUAAAUGCAAAUAUCUGUAUUACUUCAAUGAUAAUGAGUAUAAGUAUAAAGAGAAACGUGGAAUUAAAAAUGAUCAAAAUAGCGAUGCAUUUAAUAUAAAUGA